AUGUCUACCAAUCACACGAAUUUACUUUUUCGGCGGACUUUUGGGACACCCUUUAACUCGAAUUGUUCAACAUUAAUAUUUAAUGUCGAAUACUACCGAAGCAGUCAAUCAACUGCUGGACUCGUCGGUCUCUUAUUGAAUGUACUGAUAUUUACUCAACCAAUUUUAAAUCGUGGACCGUGUUCAUUUUAUUUUCUUCUAUCAACAGUCUUUAAUUUAUUUGUGGUGUUGAUCAUUUUACCAGUACGUAUUGUCUCAAAUAGUUUCAAUCUUGAUCUAGCUAAUUAUAAUUCUGAUUUAUGUAAAGCGGAAUUUUACUCAUUUUAUAUUGUACGUGUCGCCUCUGUCUGGUUAAUUUUAUUGGCAUGCAUCGAUAGAUAUCUACAUAGUUCAUCGAAUAUCAAGUUACGUCGAUUGAGUUCGAUAAAAAUAGCUCGCCUAUCGUCUUGUAUACUCAUUAUGGUAAUGAUUAUCAUAUAUAGUCAUAUACCAGUUUAUUUUGAAAUAGCAAAAGUAGUUGCACAAUCCGGUAGAAUAGCAUCAAUCUUCAAUGCAAGAAAAGGUACAUACCGUAGUUUUAGCGCAUCUUGGCAUAUGACCUUCUAUUCACUAUGUCCGUCAUUUUUAAUGCUACUGUUCGGCGCUAUUACAACGAAGAAUAUUCGUCAUAGUCGUCGUACAGAUACACAACUUUUACGUGUGUUAACUAAACCACGAGCGAAACUGCAUUUCAAAUCGCUCAAGAAACUUUAG